AUUGCAAGUUGCAGGUUGAAUAUGGACUCCUUAGAGUGUUCUUACGAUGAAAAGGAGCGUGUGUGGAGUGGCGCAAAUCCGCCUUUAUUUUACGAUUUCAAUUGCUCCGUGGGAAAUAUUAUUUACAAAAACUUGAAGAAUUGUCCGAGCAAAGUGUGUCAGGUUUCAGAUAUUGAUGGCCGCGAAGUAACCAACCGGGAAUUGUUAACUUGGUCAACGCGCCUGGCCCUGCAUUUUAGGAAAAUCGGCUUACGGCAUGACGAUGUCAUCGGAAUUGUAGCAAAGAACAGCACCUAUACAAGCUCGGUGGCGAUUGGCUGCUUUAUGAACUGUACACCCUUCCAUGCUGUGAACUCGGUCUUGGACAAAGAAACAAUGCGCCAUAUUUUCAAACCCACUGCACCGAAAAUAAUAUUUUGCGAUGGUGAAGUUUACGAGAAAAUUCACGAAGCCACUCGCUCUGUGAAUCCAUUAUUCUAUACGCUGACCAACCAUAUUGAAGGCGUACCCAAAGUCGAAGACUUGUUGGAUCCCAUACCAAAUGAAGAACUUUAUAAGCCUGAGUCCUUGGUAUUGGGUGGUGAGCAGACAGUAGCUGUAUUAUGUUCGUCGGGCACAACGGGAGUGCCCAAAUGUGUUUGCAUUCCGAAUUAUUUGUUGAAAAUCAACUAUACAUUCGUAAAUAGCGAAGAUGUAAUCUUCACAAAUAGCAGCUUAGAUUGGUUAUCUGGUCUUUUCUUCACUUUCCUCUCUGGGAGUACAAGUUGUAAGCGUGUAAUCACCAAUAAGCCCUACACACCUGAAUAUAUGACCGCGCUAGUGAAGAAGUACAAUAUAUCAUUCAUACUAGCUGCGCCUCGACAUGUAUCCACUUUGAUCGCUUGUCCAACAGCCACUACAGAUAACUUCAGUUCCGUUCGCACUUUCUUGGUUGGUGGUGGCAUCAUUAGUCGGACUACUUUACAGCAUCUAAGAGAUUUACUUGAGAUUGCCGCAGUAGGUUCUAUUUAUGGCAUGACAGAAUGCGGCUUUUCAUCCAUGAACUCUGAUGAUCGGUAUUCCAAUGCUGUAGGUAAGCUAUUUCCCAACAUUAAGGCGCGUAUUGUUGAUGAAGAGGGUAACAAUUUGCCAUCGAAUGAAUUUGGUGAGGUUUUCAUAAAUACGGGUCAUGCUUGGAGUGGAUACUAUGGGAAUGCAAAUGAGACGAAACGUGUUCAAGAUUCGGAUGGUUGGUUCCAUACUGGAGAUGUUGGUUACUUUGACGAUAGUAAUGUGUUGUAUAUAGUUGAUCGUAAAAAGGACAUUCUCAAAUAUCAGGGUAUGCAUUACUGGCCUGCUGAAAUAGAAGAGGUGAUCAACGAAUUUCCCGAAGUGGAGGAUGUUUGUGUGGUGGGUGUUUAUGACGAAAGGCACGGGGAUGCCGCUGGUGCAGUAGUGGUGCUUCGCCAAGGAGCUAAGCUCACGAAAGAGCAGGUGCAGGAGCAUGUCAAAAAACGUUUACCAUUGGAUCAUAAGCAACUGCAUGCUGGUGUAAUUUUUGUAGAUCGACUACCCCAGAAUAAUAAUGGCAAAUCACUAAAAAAGGACGCGCAGGCCUUAUUUGAGAAUAAUUAAAAAUGUGAGCAUUUUGGGAAAUAAGAUAUAAGCUAAGUUGCAUGAGUCAAGGAAAUUGAAAUAUUUUCAUGUGCUGGUAAAACUUUGUACUAUAAAAUGUUGGAAAUAAAUUCAAUAAUUCAAUUUCGUUACCUACCAA